UCCAGGCGCAUUUCACGGAGCCGACAAACUGCAUUUAUUCAACAUUACUCCUCGAUUUCUGAGUAGAAGAAAAGAUAGAAAUUGGCAGUUAGAUCAGCGAGUUGUAGAGAUAUUUGCUGAUUUGAUAGUCAACUUCGCACGUCAUGGGUAUCCAACUCCUGAGAACUCUGGAUUUUCAUUCAACUGGACUGCAACAAACGCAAUGGAGUUGAAUUACUUGUCGAUUACUGACAGCCCCACUAUGGAAGUGAGACCAAUAUUUAAGACCUCGGAUGGGUGCUUUCUAAGCUACGAUUUCCAGGUUGGAUAUCGAUGGCAAGGUCAUGUUUUCUGGAAUUGGUAUGCAAGAUCAUUGGAUGCCGUUGAUGUAGGAAAUUUGCAACGAAUAGCUCAACUUGAUAGGGAUGUAGGAAACUGGCAGUUCGCAACAGCCAUGCUAGCAUUCUGCUCACUGUUCUUCUUCGCAAUCCUGGUUGGUUUGGCAUGCUACUGUACCAGAAAGGAUUCCGACGACGAUGACUUAUGACU